CAGUGCAGCCAGCGAUGCAGAUAAGAGCCAGCAGUAUGACGGCAAGAAUAUGGCUCUGUUUGAGGAAGAGAUGGAUACCAGUCCAAUGGUCUCCUCUCUGCUCAGCAGUCUGGCCAACUACUCCAACCUGCCGACAGGCAGCAAAGAGCACGAAGAGGCCGAGAAUAAUGAGGAGGGGGCGCGUCCGUCUAAAAAGCCUGUCAAGGCUCCACAGUUGGGCACUCUGAUGGGAGUGUACUUGCCGUGCAUCCAGAACAUUUUUGGGGUUAUCCUCUUCCUGCGGAUGACCUGGAUGGUUGGGAUUGGAGGCGUCUUUGGCUCUUUCAUAAUUGUCUUCAUGUGUUGCUCCACAACGAUGCUCACAGCCAUCUCCAUGAGUGCCAUUGCAACGAAUGGAGUCGUACCAGCUGGAGGUUCAUAUUACAUGAUCUCUCGCUCUCUGGGGCCCGAGUUUGGUGGAGCUGUUGGCAUUUGCUUCUACUUAGGCACCACUUUUGCAGGUGCCAUGUACAUUCUGGGCUGUAUUGAAAUUCUUCUGAUUUACAUCGUUCCUCAGAUGGCCAUCUUUAAGAUCGAGGGCCUGGAGGGGGCGGAGGCGGAGGCGGCUCUCCUCAACAACAUGCGGGUGUACGGCACCAUUGUGCUGAGCUUCAUGUCGCUGGUGGUGUUUGUGGGGGUCAAAUAUGUGAACAAGCUGGCGCUGGUCUUCCUGGCCUGUGUCAUCCUCUCUAUCCUGGCUGUUUAUGCCGGAGUCAUCAAGACCGCCAUCGACCCUCCUGUCUUCCCCGUUUGUCUUCUGGGAAACCGAACCCUCAUUUCUAAAGGAUAUGACGUCUGUGCAAAGGUCAUCGAAAUAGACAACGAAACCGUCACCACCAAACUGUGGAUGUCCUUCUGUGAUUCUGACAGCCUCAAUGCCACUUGUGACGAUUAUUUCAACAACAACAACGUCACAGAGAUUCAGGGCAUCCCAGGGGUCACGAGUGGCAUCCUGGCAGAGAACCUGUUUGGUACCUACCUGGAGAAAGGGGUGAUCCUGGAGAAGCGUGGUCUUGCAUCAGAGGUAGAUCCAGACAGUCCCGUGACCAACUCCAACCGCUACGUUCUGGCUGACAUCACCAGCUUCUUCACCCUGCUGGUCGGGAUUUACUUCCCAUCUGUCACAGGUAUCAUGGCGGGCUCCAACCGCUCCGGAGACCUGCGUGAUGCUCAGAAGUCGAUCCCCAUUGGCACCAUUGCAGCCAUCACCACCACGUCUACUGUGUACAUGUCCUGUGUGGUGCUGUUUGGUGCCUGUAUAGAAGGAGUAGUCCUACGGGACAAGUUCGGUGAAGGGGUUAAUGGAAACCUGGUGAUUGGGACUCUGGCAUGGCCGUCUCCGUGGGUCAUUGUGAUUGGCUCUUUCUUUUCCACUUGCGGAGCGGGACUCCAGAGUCUGACUGGAGCGCCACGCCUCCUACAGGCCAUCUCUCGAGACGGCAUCAUCCCAUUUCUUAGAGUGUUUGGGCAUGGUAAGGCCAACGGGGAGCCCACCUGGGCUCUUCUGCUCACAGCCAGCAUCUGUGAGAUCGGCAUCAUCAUCGCCUCCCUGGAUGCAGUUGCACCAAUCCUCUCCAUGUUUUUCUUGAUGUGCUACAUGUUUGUCAAUCUGGCCUGUGCCCUGCAGACUUUGCUGCGGACGCCAAACUGGAGACCGCGCUUUAAGUUCUAUCACUGGGCUCUGUCUUUCUUGGGUAUGAGCCUGUGCCUGUCACUGAUGUUCAUCUGUUCCUGGUAUUACGCCAUUGUUGCCAUGGGCAUCGCCACCUGCAUCUACAAAUACAUUGAGUUCUGCGGAGCGGAGAAGGAGUGGGGCGAUGGGAUACGUGGCAUCUCUCUCAGCGCUGCACGCUUCGCUCUCAUGAGGCUGGAGGAAGGACCGCCGCACACCAAGAACUGGAGGCCUCAGCUUCUGGUCCUGGUGAGCAUGGAUGCUGAUCAGAACGUAGAGCAGCCUCGUCUGCUCUCUCUGACCAAUCAGCUGAAAGCAGGGAAGGGUCUGACCAUCGUUGGCACCUCAGUUCAAGGGACCUUCCUCGACAACUACACCGAGGCCCAGAGGGCGGAUCAGUCUUUGCGUAAGUUGAUGGAGGCGGAGAAGGUGAAGGGCUUCUCUCAGGUGGUCAUUUCCUCCAAUCUGAGAGACGGGACAUCCCACCUGAUCCAGGUCGGAGGACUGGGAGGUCUAAAGCACAACACUGUGAUGGUGAGCUGGCCCCGAAACUGGAAACAGCCGGAGUGCCACCAACAAUUCAGGAACUUUAUUGAGGUGGUGAGAGAGACAACUAUAGCCAGUAUGGCCAUGUUGGUUCCUAAGAAUAUCUCCAGCUACCCUUCCAAUGGUGAGCGCUUCACUGAAGGCUACAUAGACGUGUGGUGGAUCGUCCAUGAUGGAGGCAUGUUGAUGCUUCUUCCCUUCCUGCUGCGUCAGCACAAGGUGUGGAGGAAGUGCAAGAUGCGCAUUUUCACAGUAGCCCAGAUGGAUGACAACAGUAUCCAGAUGAAGAAAGAUCUCAUCACCUUCCUCUAUCACCUGCGCAUCGAUGCUGCGGUGGAAGUGGUGGAGAUGCAUGACAGUGACAUCUCAGCCUACACCUACGAGAAGACACUGAUAAUGGAGCAGCGAUCACAGAUCCUCAAACAGAUGCAUCUGACCAAGAAUGAGAUGGAAAGAGAGAUCCAGAGCAUCACAGAUUCAUCCCGUGGGUCCAUUCGGCGUAAAAAUCCGUCCGCCGGGCGCUCUCGGCACAGCGUUGACGAAGGAGCCAGUGUGGCAGAGCAACCAGAAGACGAGUCUGUGGCUGUCUCCGACCCAAAACAGGUUCAGCUGAUCCACAGUAAGAACGCCUCCACACCCACUAGCCCCACAAGUCCCACGUCUCCCACUGCGCCUGCAGGGGGCGCUUCGACCUGGACGGACAACAAGCGUUCAGACAAGGGGAAGACCUUUUUAUCAGCGAACCCGGAGGCGGGCAAAGACCUCUUCAACAUGAAGCCGAGCCAGGUUGACUUGAGGCGCAUGCACACAGCGUUGCGGCUCAAUGAGGUUAUCAUGAAGAAGUCAAAGGAGGCAAAACUCGUCCUGCUCAACAUGCCCGGACCACCCAAGAACCGUACUAACAGGACGAACCCCAUGGACAAUGCAGUGUACAGGGACUACCCUGUUUUUACAGACAUUCAGGUCAUGAUAUUCCUUGGCUUUGGGUGCCUGCUGGCAUUUUUUCGACUCUAUGGAUUUGGGGGCAUGGUUUUUAACUUCCUCACGGCUACUUUUGCCAUCCAGUGGGCCAUUCUGGUGCAGGGGUACUUCCAGUUCAGCCAUGAGGGUAAGAUCCACCUCGGGGUGAUUAACCUCAUAAAUGCAGAGUUUGCCUGUGCUGUGGUGCUGAUAUCUUUCGGGGCUGUGCUGGGGAAGACCAGCCCCUUGCAGCUGCUGGUCAUGGCUCUGCUGGAAGUGCCGGUGUUUGCAGUCACAGAAUGGGCCGUGCUCAAGUAUCUGAGGAUCAACGACGCGGGAGGCUCCAUCCUCAUUCACCUGUUUGCCUGUUACUUUGGCUUGGGCGUCACUUUUGUUCUGUACAGGCCCAGUCUCAAUAAAGGCCAUGCAAAGGAGAACACAAGCUACCAGUCUGACAUCCUGGCCCUCAUGGGAACCUUGUUCCUCUGGGUGUUUUGGCCCUCCUUUAACUCAGCAUUGACCCUGAAAGGAGACGACCAGCACAGAGCCAUCCUCCACACCUUCAUCGGCCUCAGUGCCUCCACACUCACCGCCUUCGCUCUCUCUGCCAUGCUGAACAGAAACGGUAAGCUCACCAUGGCAGAUAUUCAGAAUGUGACGCUGGCUGGAGGCGUGACAGUCGGGGCAUCUGUGGAUAUGAUGAUCUCUCCUGCAGCUGCUUAUGCUCUCGGUAUGAUGGGCUGCACUGCAUGCAUGCUGGGCUACAAGUACUUGAGCCCCUUCCUGGCACGGCGCUUCAGGAUCCAGGAUCAGUGUGGAAUACAUAACCUGCACGGUCUAACAGGACUAAUAUCCUGUGCUGCAGGGAUAUGUGCUAUACUGAUGGCUAAUGAGGACACUUAUGGCCCCAGUUUGUAUGAGAUCUUUUCCCACAGAGCACCAGUAGAAGGAGACCCGAAGCUGCAGGAGCUCCAGAUGGUGAUCCCCGGUUUACAGCCAGGCUUGGGGAGGACUGCCCGGGAACAGGCUCUCUUCCAGGUCGCAGCUGUGUUCUCAACCAUGGGAGCGGCAGCACUUGGCGGCAUCCUCACAGGCUUCGUCUUGAAGCUGCCGUUCCUCGCACCGCCAUCUGAUGAUUUAUGUUUUGAUGAUGAGCUGUUUUUCGAUGUUCCACCAGACUAUGACUCACCACGCCACCACCAUCUUAAUAACAUAGUUGCAACAGAGGAUUCUGCUGCCUGACUUGCAACUGUUAUUAAGAAAAUGUAAAUAAGCAUAUAUUUGUCUUUAUAAGUAAUGGAAUUUGCCAUGAUUAACAGUACAUUACAGUAACUAUUAAUUAAAUGUUUACAUCCAUUACAUUGUAAAUAUGAACAUAAAUGAUGAUGAAAAACAAUAUCAGUGCAGUGACACUGUCCAACAUUGUCUAAUUCAAGCAGUAAUAGCGCUAUUUAUUGUCCUACAUGCAACAUAAAAGGAAUUUGACGGUUAUAACCCUCAUGGCUGAUUCCUCUCAAGUUUUUGAUGUGAAAUAAACACUUUUUAAAUUG